CAUAAACCGAAGACGGGCACCAUUUCAGGGGAAGAAGGGUGUGUGUGUGUGUGUGCGCGCGCCUUACACACACACACACACGCAAGCAGAGGUACGCAGGCGCGCGCACAGCGUGUUUCUCUCCCGAUUGAAGUCCUCCCCUCGGCGAACGGCAGGAAUUUGAAUGAAGAGUGGUCCUCCUCCUCCUCCUCGAUCUCUCGUUGGGAUGCCAAGCCUGAACUUGGGGGAAGCGUCGCUCGCGGAGAAGCAGGAGACGAAGAGCUCAGCAAUGAAUCCAUUGGAGCACCGGGCCAUCAAAGAGCCAGAUCAACAAGUCACAGAUCGUACCUAAAUGUGAUUAAAUAUCCUUCUCUUCCAAAGCUCAGAAGGAACACGGAUUUACCUGGCAUAGCCUUUUCACAAUUUGAUGUUCAAAGCACGGCAUUUGAGAUUUCAGCGACAGAUGGAUUUAUCUCUUUCCUUCUCCCUUUUUCUUCCCCUCUCUCCCGCCCUCCCUCCCACCCUCCCUUUUCCUUCCUACUUUCUACUCCUCUCUUUCUUACUUUCUUUUUAACAAAUUUGAUGUGAAGUUCUGAAGCCCUUUGAAGAGGACUGUGAGAGAAAGUGGAGGAAGCAGCUGCAUCCAGCCAGAAACGUUCCUGACACCAGGGCAGCUCUGCCUUGAACAUUUAAUCACAUCAUGCUGUUUUUGAAAGGAGGGUAUAGAGGAAUCAGACAAAGAAGAUUUGUUGUUGAACAUUUGGCUUUUGUUUGGCUUUGAGAAUAUACUUGCAAACAAAUAUAUUUCCCUCUUGGAGUUCAGCAUUUAUCUUGAUUGACCUCAAGAGCCAAUUCUGUUUCAUUGACACCUGUCUAUGAAACUAGGCACAUAAGAUGACAGAACUGGGAUGUCCAUGCCCUUCAAUUGUUGAACUUCAAGGGCAUUUGUUUUGACUUCCCCCUCUUAAUUUUGGCUGUGAGUUUGCUCCUUUUUGCCUACAGGGGGCACUGUAAGCCCACCAUGCUCCAUCUGGGAUUCGGGGUGGCCACCCUGCUCUUUAUUUUUGCUCCUGGGAUAGUCCACUGUGACUGCUGGCUGAUCGAAGGAGACAAAGGCUAUGUUUGGCUCGCUAUCUGCAGUCAGAAUCAACCACCCUAUGAAACUAUUCCCCAGCAUAUCAACAGCACUGUGCAUGACCUGAGGCUGAAUGAGAACAAACUUAAGGUGGUGCUCUACUCCUCUCUGAACCGCUUUGGUAAUUUGACAGAUCUGAAUCUAACAAAAAAUGAGAUUUCCUACAUUGAGGAUGGAGCUUUCAUGGGCCAGACAAAUUUGCAGGUGCUGCAGCUGGGCUACAAUAAGCUCACCAAUCUGACUGAGGGCAUGCUGCGUGGCAUGGGCCGGCUCCAGUUCCUCUUUGUGCAGCACAAUCUGAUUGAGGUGGUUACCCCCAAUGCUUUCAUGGAAUGCCCUAGCCUCAUCAGUAUCGACCUAUCUUCCAACCGUCUCAGCCGGCUAGAUGGAAGCACCUUCACCAGCCUGAACAACCUGAUGGUAUGUGAGCUAGCUGGGAACCCCUUCAACUGUGACUGCAACCUCUAUGGCUUCCUCAUGUGGUUGGUAGCCUUCAACAAUGUCACAAAAAACUAUGAUCGCCUGCAGUGUGAGACUCCCCGGGAGUUUGCUGGUUAUCCACUUCUGAUGCCUCGGCCACACCACAGCCGCAAUGCCAUCACAAUUUUCAAGUCAAUGUGUGGGGAUGGAACCUUUCCACCCAUCUCCAGGAUCAGACCUACACAGUUCAUAACAGAUCCUCAGAGGGAUCCAGAUGACAAUGCUGAAAACUCAGGCAUUAGCCCAGGUGAUUUCCUCUCUGUUGAACCUCCAGCGUCUUCCACCACUGAUUCUUCCUCUAACCCCAGCAUAAAGCUCCAGCAUGUAUCCAUCAAUGCAGCUGUUUUAGUGGUGACCAUUCCAUUCCCUUUUAGCAAGAUGUAUGUUCUGGUUCAGUACAAUAACAGCUAUAUAUCUGAUGUAAUGACACUAAAGAAAAAGAAGGAAUCAGUCACUCUCACCCACUUGAAGGCUCACACAGAUUAUACAUUCUGUGUUGCUUCAAUCCGUAACUCCAAACGUUAUAACCACACUUGCCUCUCAUUUGCCACAAGGAGUAAAGGGAGGGAAGAGCCAAUACCCAGUACCUCCACCACUACCCACUAUAUCAUGACCAUAUUAGGCUGCCUUUUUGGGAUGGUUAUUAUUCUUGGCAUUGUCUAUUAUUGCUUGAGGAAGCGUAGGAUGAAAGAGGAAAAACAAAAAUCUCUCAAUGUCAAAAAAACUAUUUUGGAGAUGCGCUAUGGUUCAGAUAUUGAUACCAGUUCAAUUGUACAUCCAUCACAGAAAUUGGGAGAACCACCAGUCAUUCCUGUCUCACGGAUGUCAUCUCUUCCAUCCAUGAUUGGAGAGAAGUUGCCUUCAUCCAAAUCUAUGGAUACAGGCAUGGAAACUCCCAAGGUCACCACAAAAGGCAAUUACAUUGAGGUUAGGACCGGUGGUGGGGAUGGGCUGGACAGGUCACAGCGGGAUGAUGAUCUGCAUGAACUGGAUAAUGGCCAAGGUUCAGCAGCUGAAAUCUCAACAAUUGCCAAGGAAGUAGACAAAGUGAAUCAGAUAAUCAACAAUUGCAUUGAUGCCCUGAAGCUGGACUCGGCUUCCUUCUUGGGAGGAGGGGGUGGUGUUGAUUCUGACAUGGCUUUUGAAUGCCAGUCCAUACCAGCCAGUUCUUCUGCUGGGUUGGAGCGACCAAGUUUUCUCUCUCCACCAUAUAAGGAGAGUUCCCACCAUCCCCUGCAGCGCCAGCUUAGUGCAGAUGCUGCUGUGACAAGAAAAACUUGCAGUGUCUCAUCCAGUGGCUCCAUCAAAAGUGCUAAGGUUUUCAGUCUUGAUGUACCUGAUCAUCCUCCAUUGAGCAAAGCAGAUUCCAAGUAUAUUGAGAAAGGAAGUCCACUCAACAGUCCUUUGGAUCGUCUUCCCCUUGUGUCCCCAGGUGCCAUCCACCAUUUAGAAGUGAAACCUUCCUACCACUGCAGUGAACACCGGCAUUCCUUCCCAGCCCUCUACUAUGAAGAGAGUGGUGACACUUUAAGCCAACGGGUGUCCUUUCUUAAGCCGCUCUCCCGUUCCAAGCGGGACUCUACAUAUUCUCAGCUCUCACCUAGACACUACUUCUCGGGCUAUUCCUCCAGCCCAGAGUACUCUUCCGAGAGCACCCAUAAGAUCUGGGAGCGUUUCCGACCUUACAAGAAGCACCACCGGGAGGAGGUGUAUAUGGCAGCUGGUCAUGCCCUGAGAAAGAAAGUCCAGUUUGCCAAGGAUGAAGAUCUGCAUGAUAUCUUGGAUUAUUGGAAAGGUGUAUCUGCUCAACAAAAGUUGUGACUCCCUCAUUAAAAGGAAGAUAAAUCGACCGUACAAAUAAAUUAACACCCUCCCCCCACCUGACUGUGGAACAAAAAUCUGACAAAAGAAACUGAAACCAUUUCUUAAAGUUUACAAAAAAAAACCAACAGGAAAAAAAACAAAUGAAAUGAAGUGUCUCUCUUGUGUUACAGAGACCACUGUUACUCCUUCAGAUGGUGGGGAGGAGACUUUUCCUUUUAUUCUGUGGUGAAGAGAAGGGGAAGACUGUUAGAGGAGCUAUUGGACUUGUAGGUAGCAGAGGCAAGAGGGGAGGGAUGCUUACCAGGCAUAGACUAAGACACUAACCAUCAUUUUUUGGUUACUUUUAUUUUGUUCCCCCCAAAAAAGGAAGUGGUUUUACUCAUUCCCUGAUAAAAGUGAAGGGGAGAGUGAUCACUCUGCUUCUAUAUCCUUCCCUUUCUUUCCUGUGCUUGCCAGAAUUCUUUCAAACAAUGCCCUAGUGCAUGGGAGAUAGUUUUCUGAGGUUCACAUAAAGCUGGAGUAGCAUUUCAGUCACCUAAUUUUGUGUUUGGGGGGCAUUUGUGUAGCAAAUGUGCAUUCAUCCCUCUCCUGUGAGUAGGCAUGCUUGACCUCUGGGGAAAGGUCUACAUACUCUCAACAUGGAUAGGCUACUGAAAUAUUACCUCAGCUGCAUUAGCACUUAUCAUGGAGUAGCACUGAUCAUGGAGUAGGUUGAAUCCAGAGUUAGUCAUGACCAAGUGCACAUAUUUGAAGCAUAACUAUAUUGGGAUUCAAGUCACUGAUGCUUGUGCAUUUAUGGCAAUCUUUAAAAGAUCCCAAAGUCAAGUCAAAGAUGUAACACGCAUUAAGGUUUCACUCAGGAUCUUCUGUGCUCUCUAUUCCGUCAGUCUUUGUUGAGAUUUGUGCAUGCAAAGCAAGAACAACAUCUAAAGCUUUCUUUGCCUAUCCUCACAUGCUCAGGAUUGUCAAUUAACUGUAGGCUGAUGCAGGAUGUAAUUUUUCCUUCAUUGAGGAAAGAAGUAGGAGAUGAAGCAGAUAUAUUACAGAGUCUCUGUAUUUUCUACGCCCUUCAUUGUUUAUCAGGAAGGGAGAGAACAUUCGUUCUCAAGGAGUAUUCCCAUAUUUCAGUAGAAUUUCAGUUGUCUUCCAAGAAAAGUGAAUUAUACAGUGCUGGCCCUGGCCAAGAGUGGUUGCCAAAAUAAGAGUUUGAGAGGAGAGCAGGAGCUGCAACCCCUCUUAAAAUCUCAAGGGGUUCUAACUCCAAACAAACCUCAGCCUAUGGACUUGGGGAAUAGCACACAACUCCUUCCCAGGAUAUACUGUGCUCCCUUACAGGAUUGGGUCCAUCUUGGCUCGUUCCCUGAAAAUAACUGGCUGUGAUCCAUGACAUUCCAUGAGAAAAACAUUACACCUCAAUGCUAGAAUUGGACCUAUAUGGUAACAAGAUUGAAAACCAUAGAAUGCUGCAGGGGCUGGGAGGAGACAGCUUGGGAUGAUCUUGCAACAGAAAAAUGAAGGAUUGCCCUGGGAAAAAGAAAAAGAAUGGAAUUUUUCAAGAAAACAUUCAGUGGUUAAGCUACACAAGGUAAUGCAUAGUGGAUUAACAGACUUGCCAACAGAGCAUCCAAAUAGCACAUGGAUGGGAUGAAGGCAUAGAUACCAAUUGAUUGCAUUGGUUGUCAGACCAGGUUUGCCCAUUUUCCUACCAUCUUGCUGAUGUCAUUUCUUCUCCAUGACUUAGUUGUUUGUUUUUUGCAGCUGCUGUAUUAAAGUUCUGGCCACUAUAUUUCCUUAUAUUCAAAAAUGGUUCAAAACCAUUGGUGAAGGGAUGAGUUGAGUUAUUCAGUUGUUCUCAUGAGAACUUCAUCACCAUAGUUAAGAUUGAUUAAUUAAGGAGUUGGCACAGAUAAGUAAAUGUGGAUGUGGAUGUAUACAUACAUUCUGACGCAUUCAUGUUCCUAUCUAGAGAGUACCAUUCUGUGGUGCUCUGCUUUAUUAUAACAAAUGAAAUUAUUAAGUAUUUUACUAGGAAUAGAUUGGAGUAAAAUCUGGUUUAGAUAAGCUGCACUUGGCUCCAAUGAAUUCAUGGGGGACUUAAAUCAUGGCUAACUUAUCCCAUUGAUUUCUAUGGUAUCAAAAUGAUAUUUUCUUGUAUGAAGAGAAAAGAGGUGUCAUGUUUCUAAAUGUUUCUAUAGCCUUUUAUCUCUGAUUUGAUAAACUUUACCAUGACAACAGAUAUGGCAUAUCCUUUUUCCACUGCUCACACCUCUGCCUUGCAACAAGAAUUCAUAGGUGCAACAAACAUACAUCACUAGUAGAUUAUCUUUCUCCCCUGGUGCUGGCCUAUCUCAGAACACACCAACAAAGCACAAGCGGCUACAGCCACGGAAUCCAUUAGCUAUUUGUUUUCAAUGAUUAACCACCCUGGGCAAGGACUUUCACAGGAGAAAACACUUCUCAAAGUAUUUAUGGUUGGUAAUAUUGCCCUCUUAGAAGAAGACAUUCUAGAUUCAAGACUCCAAAUUGAUCCACUUCCUUUUCAUUGCAAGAAAAGAAAUAUUAUGCUUCCCUACAUUGCACACUCAAACUGAGGAUGGAUGUGUGCCUUGCAGUCAGAACUAGUCUGUCUUUAUCUUGCAAGAUUUCCUCUGCCCAAUUGUUCCCUGAAGAAAGAUAGUAGGAAUAAUAUGUGAUCCUGGGUGACACGGGGAAGUAAACCAAGAAGCUAACAGUGUAGUGUACAUGGGAAAGGGGAUUCACAUCCUCUCUUGGGAAAGUUCCUUCCUGGAAACUGUAAGAAGUUGAAGAGCCACUGUUCCUGAGUGGUUGGGAGCAGAUACCUUUCCUUCAUCCUAGCCUCACUUCUGGUAGACACUGUGCUUCAGCAACCAGGAGAGGACCCUUCUCUUUACCCAAACAGUGAAGACAGAAAACUUAGUUCAAAAAUGGAAAUGCCAGCCUUUUGUUGGUUUAUAUUAAAUCUCAGGGAUUCAUUUGUAAUGAAACCAAGUGAGGAGUGUGAUCCCAGAAAGGAAUUCUUGUGAUAUUUUGAGGAAUCCAAAGAAGGACCCUGAGAAACACGUUUUGUGAAGUGAAAGUAGAUCAUAGCGAUGGACUCCAAAGAAACAAAUCCUAGGAGCUGAGGCUUAUAUGGGAUCCAGCUGUCCUUUCUGUCAGUAAGAUGAACCCUAAAAGUAAAUCCUUUGUAGUAUUCUAGGAUAAAUGUCUGGAAUAUAUAUUUUUGAAGUCUAUUUGGGAUCCCACACAUGAAUACUUUGAGGGGAAAUACUAAAAACAUGGGCUGUGAGAGAAACUUGUUGAAUCCUAAAUAAAAAGAGUACGUUAGGAUUCAUUGAAAAUUCACGAGGCAAGUGUUUGGAAGGAUACUAACAUCCAUUCUGGUCUCAGUGAAUUUAUUAAGAAAUUGAUGACAUUUUUCACAGCCUUUUUGCAUGCCAGCAUGUUCCUGUAUUGUGUGCUGUUUGGUCACACAUUGAUCACAGACUAGGGGAUUCUUUUCAGUACCUUGAAUGGGUUGGUUGUAGGCAAGCACACUAGGACUGUAGGACAUCACAUGGUCCCAUCCUAAAGUAAGUGGGAUAUCUUCCCUGCAGCUGCAUAUUUCUUCCAUGCUUGCCUG